GAUGAACCUUGUCGGGUAGUAGAAGUCGCAAAUCAAGGCGAACGCGAACCUGAGAGAUAGCUUUCCUUGGGUUUAAGAUAUUACGAACAACAUCGUGGUCAUAAGAGUAAUUAUACAUAGUAACUACCAAGAAGAGCAAGAAGACAAUAAAAUAGACAUCUACAACUUCAUCUCCUACUCCUCGUCGUCGUCCAGAUAAAAAGAAAUGAAGAUGCUUUGGGCUAACUCGUGGGUCCAUAGAAGCGAAGUCCGAAAAUCCGACUGUUGUAACAUCGGUGCUGGUAGCAUCGCUCCGUGCUUGCUGAUUCUCAUUUGUAGCUGUUCCGUCUUUGAAUGCGUGGAUGCUAGAGCAUCGGUACUACGUCCAGCAGGAGGUCGCAUUGGCUCAUUGGGUCUCGCACAACAAAAGGCGUCAACACAAGCUCGCAGAUUUCCGGUAACUACAACGUUCACAUUUCAAUCUCCGCCAGUUCUUGGCGAACAACUCCUAGAUGGUAGUCCUAGCGCGACCGCUCGCCCGUUCUCCUUAGACUCAACGCGCCGAAGAUCAUGGACAAAUUCUUUCCUGCCUUCAUGUUCGUCAACGUUCCCGACCCCGACAUCUCCGCUAUCAUGCAAGAGUACUAGAAGCUAUCUCCAAGUUGAAGAGGAUGCUGGAGUAGGACAAGUAGACUAUGUCGAAGACCACAGUUGUACUGCUGAAGAUUCCUGUCUCCGGGAAGACGACGUCAACCGGGAAGGUCGUGAUGCACGAGGAGGUGUCAGCAUUAAGACCAAGAAGACAUCCUUCCAGUCAAGUACCACUCGUCGUUUGGAGAGAGCAGCAACACUUGCUAGCGUCCUGCACCUUCUGCUGCGCAAAAGACGUGGUAGUAUCGUGCUUCCGCUACCUUCAAGCACCAGCGGCAACAAUCUCAAGAAGAAGAUGAUGAGCUCCAUCAGCUUGCCAAUAGCGCAGCGCGGGUUAGGAACGAUGCUGGGCAAGUCGUCGUACCAUUCUUCUUGCCGCGACACCGACGCGCCGUCUGCUUCGGCUUCUCCCGGCACACCAGGAGAUAGUGGGAGUUGUACCAGCACCGCUAAACCAUCAACCAGCCGUCGCGGAUCAUCAUCUUGCUUCUCAGACUUCUCAUCUCCAACAGCGACAUUGGGAGAGGAAGAAGAUGAUGGAAAGUGGGCUUCCGAAUGGAUGGAUGACCAAAUGAGACGAGACUUCUCAGGGAUGGCUUCUGAGAACACUGCUGACAGCAGAACACUUGCUGCUCGCUUUUUUGGGAAGGAUCGGCCGCGCAACAAGAAUGGUUGUGAAGAUAGUCGUGAUCCAGGCUAUGCUAAAGGUCGUGAAGCACUCCUAGAAGCAGCUGAGCCUUUGCCUUUGAGCUCGGACGAUGUAGAAAUGGACGACCACGAGGACGAUAGUGAGAAGAAUGAUCAUGGAGGUGAAUCUUCAUCGAAAACGAAUGAAAAGGCACAUUCCUAUUCAGCUUGCUUGUCUCCAAAGCCCCCAGUGUUGCCUCUGCUAGCGCUCGGUGCUGCAGCCGCCGGAGCUGCGCUUCACCAAGACUCGUGUUCUGGCCCAAUUAUGCCAACAGAGUGUGCAACUACGAGUUCCUCUUCAUCAUCCGGUAAAUGUACUGGAGGUGGUGGCUCGUCACCUUCACGACGUGGAGGAGGGGAAUACAAGACUCCUUCUGCCUUUGUGAUCGGAAUAGUUGAUGCGUUUAACGCAAAUCGUCGACGACAGAAUCAGCAAGCAAAUCCUGGUGACUACGAACUCGUUUCCGCGAUUGUUCAUCACGAGCAACGGCGGCUUGUCAAUCUCUUUGCGGUUGCAUCGCCUGCAUGUGCAUGCAUGCAGCAGGAUUUGUCUUCUGAGUGGGCUGAUUAUGAAGCUGAAGCUGGUGAUGAUCAUGAUGUCACACAUGGGACGAGGAUCUCUGCGCCGGAUCGGGUUGCGUCCGACGUCGCUAUGGCCGAAGAUAGCGAUGAGGAAGUGAUUAAUGAAAAGGAAAACAACAGAUUGGAGAGCGCGGCUGCUCCAUCUCCACCGUUUUCCACUACGACGACGACGUCAUCAUCAACAUCAUGCAGUGGCUUCGUUAAGCAAGAGCCGUUGCAUCAUUCUCCACCAUCAUCUCGUUUGUACCCAUUGCGUGGGAGCUUCCGCAGCGCUCGUACAUACGCCGCAGUGCGCUCGUUCGAGGCUGACGCAGAAAAGUUGCAGUGUGUCGUUGGCCGAUUUGUUCUCAAUCGGGAAGGUUUAGGCAAAACAGGUGGGAUUUUUUCUGCCAAGCUGUUAACAAAAGGGGCUGACGUGGAGGACUUCCGGAGCCGGUCUGUGCGCGACAAAGACGGAGCCUUGGCUAGACCAUCACUUUCGGAUUUCAUCUGGGAGCCUAGUAUGGGCCCCGCUCCACUGCUGAUUUCUCAAAGCAAUGUGAUCCCAGGUCCUAGAAUCGUCUCGGUACUGUUUUUCCUUCGUAAAAACAACCUGUGAGAAACUACAAGAGUAUGACUCUACCUAAGUAAACGUAAUUGUAAUUACUUUCUGAGGAAAAAGAACUCGAGGACGAACUUACUACGAAUGAAUCUGAUCACAACUUCUCUGAGACUUGUUACAGCCACCAGUAUUUCACCACCCAGGCUGGGGAGUUCAUGGCUCGUUUCGAAGUCGCUCCGCGACGUUCAGAAUCUGACGAUGCUGCCGGCACAGCUUCGGGGGAAGGAAAAGAAGGACACCUGCAGCAAUUUUUGCCACGCCGUCGGAUAUACGCAAUCCGCGUUACGUGUGAUACCGUGAGGCAUCUGUACGCGCUGAAAAUGCCAUCAGCAAGUUCUCAACGUCCACGCCUUUCCAACGCAAGAGCACCCUCAGCAUCAUCCUCGUCGCCAUCUUCAACCUCUAGGACCGCGAGGACAAGGAAUACCAGCACUUCGUCGGAUCAUGAUGAACCCGAUAGCGAUGACGAAGAUGAAGAUGAAAAUGGUAGGCUGCUUCUUGGAAACAGUUACCUUAUUUCGAGCUGGGGCAGCAUGCAGCUUCUGGAAGAUGGAGACUACGUUGUCUGGGCCCCACCGCCGUCUCACAAUGUUGUUAAGGAUCAAACUUCUUAGCAAUGGUAUUACGUUUUUUGUGCAACGUACUAAGCCACAAUUAUCAACUAGUUAUGUAAGUGCAGGAACCAAGUUGAAUCAACACGGAAUCCGAGUAUCUUCAUGAUGGCACGACCUCCAGGAGCAAGAAGAAAUAUUUGAGGCAGAGGCAUACUUCUACUACUGUAGGUAUUACACAUAAGAAUGACGAUGACCACUACGAGGAUAAAGAUCUUUCUAAGACUGAUGCUGCAAAUGGCGCGAACACGCCUGGAAACUCGGAUCGUCGGGGCAUGCAAAGCGGUACCGAACAGGGUGACGUUUUCGUGGUCAAAGGAGCUGAGUUCGUUACCUCCUACUCUCGUAUAAAGAAUUAGACUUGUUCUUCUACUAGUUGUAGUUGGUUGUCAUGUUGUACUGGUUCAUGCUUGAUAUGGAGAAGCGGACUUCCACUCCUGUGGUGUACCUCAUCACCAUCUACUCCUCCUUGCAUUUCUAGUUCUUGACUUUUGUUGUAGGUGUUCAUGUUGUUGUGAUUUCAGUAGUUUCUAUUUAUUACGUACGACUUCGAUGGUGAGACCUAUGGGGCUGACAGGACGACGAUAGCGCCGGCGCUUAGUUAGUUUCAGCAGAGAAGAAUAUACUUGAUAGGUAGCCUUUUCUUUUUCCUAUCUUCCUCUGGUCUUUGUUUUUUCUCGUUGUGUGGUCUGCUCCACCACAAUUUACUACGUAAGUACAACUUUUUUCUUCAUGAACGUCACGGGCACGGUAGAAAGAUCCCCUCCGUCUAUCAUGAUUUCCUCAGGCUUACCGUUACGCACAAGUACAACUUUGUUGAAGUAUAGUUCAAAGUUCUUGCGGUUGCGCGUGGAGCAAGAACUUACUAGGUUAGAUGAUGAUUGAUGGUCUAAUAUGUGGCUGCAGACGACGCUGAUGACGGUCCUACGUGUAAUUCAUUGCGCCCGCGAUAUCACCAUGACCUUCAUAGUCAAAAAAAGUAAAUGAUUCGAGGUUAUUGAUCCAAGUUGUGAACUACCAACGCCAUUCGCCCAAAAAGAGAAUAAAAUUACGAAAACCCGAUAAGCUUCUGACGCGACGAAAAGAGUGAUCCGCUCUUGACAGAGCGAUGGCUUUUUCUGGUGGUAUAUAUCAUGAAAAUGAAUAUCAUCAUGAUAAAUACAAAUAGUCCAUCGUACUCGUAGAACGCAGCAUGCCUGGUGCCUGUAAUCUCGAAGGAGACUCAUCAUUCUCGAGCAGAGAUGAAAUCAGACCGCUCGAUGACGCCCUAGACCUCCUAAACAACUUGACAUCUAAUUGGGAUUUUCCAACAGCGGCCUUCUUGAUCAUUCGAUGAGAUUGUUACUUUACCAUUGCAAAAAGUAACGUAAACGUUGUAUUCGACGCAAGUACAAGUGGUCGAUCGAACUAAAGCAAAAAAGCUACUUUCUACUGUAGUUCUUAAAUUUUUGUCAAAUCCAUCCGACAUGAGGACGGCACUAACGGUGAGGGCGUUGGCUUUCUUAUGCACUUUACGGACUCCUACGCCCGUGGAUCGCCAAGGCCGAACUGGUAGAGGUGAAGAUGUUUAUGUACGGCGUGGAGAAAAUUUAGGCAAGAUCACGCCACUGCUUCUGACCGCUUGUUUUGUAUUUUUGAGAAUCACUUUCGUCAAGUAUGUCCGAUCGACCUUGCUUACUCAUGAUAAGAGAAGAUGAAGAUGAACAAGUGAAAUAAAGCCCUCACAGCACCGCCAAAUACAAAACUCGCUAUCUUCAUGCAUUACUUACGUACAUCAACAUGUCAUAGUAUUAUGAUCAGUUGCAUGAUAAUGAUUACAUAUCAAUAUCAUAGACGUUCCCAUGCAGAUGUUGAACAUGAUCACAAAAAUUCGUGUGAUGGCUAUGUAUCGAUAUCGUGUUGAAAUUUAAGAUGAAGGACAUAAUCAUAACAACUUUCAGAAAAGCGCGCACAACUCAAUUAUUAUAAGCGACUACAUACAACCACAACAAGCUCAACACAUUCAUUGGGGAAGAAGAAGUUUCAACAUGUGUUGUCUGUCAAUCACAAAGAAAGAAUGUCAGAAACAAAGAGUCUUGCUUCAGUAUCAUCGUUUCUGACAUUGCUUAACCACUUUCGUGAUACCAGUCGCCGGCGACCACUUGUUAUUUCCGCCUAGGGUAGUGCCGUACUUGAUAAUUACAACUUCGAGGGGCUUCUGGCAGGACAACAAGGACAAUCAAGAGCGUGUUGCUUCGUGCCGAG